UUGCAAUAGUGUGUGUAAAUAUUUUACUGUGUUCGUUUCUCGACACGUUUUGUGGGUGAAUUUACUGUGCAUUUUAUCCAGCUGGUAUUACAUAUAUUUAUUUAAGUAUGCCACCAAAAAAAGUUGAAGAACCAGAACGUAAACCACUUAUUGGACGAGUUGGUACAAAUUUAAAAGUAGGAAUUGUUGGUAUUCCAAAUGUUGGUAAAUCAACAUUUUUCAAUGUGUUGACUAAGAGUCAAGCUGCUGCUGAAAAUUUUCCAUUUUGCACAAUUGAUCCAAAUGAAAGUAGGGUACCAGUUCCAGAUGCAAGAUUUGAUUAUUUAUGCGAGUACUACAAGCCAGCAAGUAAAGUACCAGCAUUUUUAAAUGUCACUGAUAUUGCUGGACUUGUCAAGGGUGCUGCUGAAGGUCAAGGAUUAGGAAAUGCUUUUCUUUCUCAUAUUAGUGCUUGUGAUGCAAUUUUCCAUCUUUGCAGAGCAUUUGAGGAUGACGAUGUGACUCAUAUUGAGGGUGAGGUCAAUCCAGUUAGAGACCUUGAGAUAAUAUCUGAAGAGCUUCGAUUGAAAGACAUUGAACAUUUAAAUGCUGCUCUUAAAAAAUUAGAAGUACUUGUUCUUCGUGGUAAUGACAAGAAGCUCAAACCUGAAUAUGAUACACUUAUGAAAGUUAAGACUGUUCUUACUGAAGAUAAAAAUGACAUUAGAUUCAACGACUGGAGUGUAAACGAGAUUGAGAUACUUAACAAGCACCUUUUCAUAACUUCAAAGCCUGUUAUCUAUUUGGUUAAUUUAUCGGAAAAAGAUUACAUUCGCAAAAAGAAUAAGUGGCUUAUCAAGAUUAAGGAAUGGGUUGAUAAAAAUGAUCCAGGUGCAGUCUUAAUUCCAUUCAGUGGAGUUUUUGAAAAUAAAGUUUUAGAUAUGGAUGAAACUGAACGUAAAAUUUACUUUGAAGAAAGCAAAGUUACCAGUGCUUUGGAGAAAAUCAUAGUCCAGGGUUAUAAGGCACUUCAAUUGCAGUACUUUUUCACGUCUGGUCCUGAUGAAGUCAAAGCUUGGACCAUUCAGAAAGGAACAAAAGCACCACAAGCUGCUGGUAGAAUUCAUACUGAUUUUGAAAAAGGUUUUAUCAUGGCUGAAGUUAUGAAAUUUGAAGAUUUUAAAAGUGAAGGAUCAGAGUCUGCUGUUAAGGCUGCCGGAAAAUAUAGACAACAAGGUCGUAAUUAUACCGUUGAAGAUGGUGAUAUUAUUCUAUUUAAAUUCAACGCUGGAGCUGGAUUAAAAGAUCCAAAAAAAAAGUGAUGUAAUUUAUUGUUAAAAAUUUAUUUUCAUCACACUUACAUUUGCGAGUUAUUAAAAGUUUUUUUUUUUUCUUGUUAUAUUUCAUCUGGCCAUUAUAAAAAUCCAUCUGAUUUUUUAUCA